UGUUGGAAAUUAUUAUUGCAAGACUCUCUAUGGCUGCCUUGGAGAAACAGUGUACUCUCUCCGUGCACUAUGAUCGUUCAACACCCAAUGAAGUAGGUGAACUUAAAAAGGAUUUGGAGUCCAGUGACGUGGAGAAGAAAACAAAAGCUUUGAAGAGGGCUAUUUUGUUGCAAUUGAACGGUGAAACCCUUCCUGGAGUGCUUAUGACAGUUAUUCGUUUUAUUCUUCCGCACGAAGACAAUCACUUGCGCAAGCUCUGUUUGGUGUACUUGGAAAUAGUCGAUAAGACUGGGCCCCAAGGCAAAAUGCUUCCAGAGAUGAUUUUGGUUUGUAAUAUGAUUAGAAACGAACUGACCCACCCCAACGAGUAUUCAAGAGGUUGUGCCUUGCGCUUUAUAUGUAAAAUGAAAGAAGCCGAAAUACUGGAGCCGCUUGUGCCUACAGUUAGACAAAACUUGGAACAUAGACACAGCUUUGUAAGAAGAAAUGCAAUAUUGGCAGUUCAUAUGAUAUUUCGAAACUUUGAAUAUUUGAUACCCGAUGCUCCUGAAUUGGUUUAUCAGUUUCUUCAAGGCGAAACCGAUGUAUCUUGUAGAAGGAACGCGUUUGAGAUGCUUUGUCAAUGUGACGAAGAUAAGGCAGUGAAAUAUUUGGUACACUCGUUGGAAGUUGUUUCCUCAUGGGGUGAGACACUUCAACUUUCUGCUCUCAAGUUGAUAAGAACUAUUUGUAAAUCAAAACCGGAAGAAAAAGCCACAUUUAUCAAAUUGAUUUUUGAAUUGCUUCAAAGUAGUUCUGCUUCGGUCGCUUUUGAAGCUGCAAAUACCUUAUUUUCAUUAUCUCAGUCAACAACAGCUGUUCGUGCAGCAGUGGAAUGUUAUUGUAGGCUAUUAUUAUCUCAGAGCGAUAAUAAUAUACGGCUUAUUUUGUUGGAUCGUUUGGAAGAAAUUCGUACGAAUCAUCUGUCUGUGAUGCAAGAAGUAUUAUUUGAUAUGAUGCGCAUUUUGUCCUCUCCUAAUUUGGAAAUCCGAAAGAAAGUACUCAGCUUGGCUUCUGAUUUGGUAACAUCACGAAAUGCACAGCCCAUCAUCAACUUGAUAAGAAAAGAAAUCCACGGACUUGCCACAGAAGUUGGAGAUGACUUUGAAGUAACAUUACAAUAUCGUCAAUUAUUGCUUCGUUUCAUUCGAAAUAUUGCUAUGAACUUUCCAGACUGUGUAGCUUUGGCGACAAGUGUUUUGGAAGAAUUUGUUGAUGAUGAAUUGGCUGUCGUUGCACCCGAUGCCGUUAUUGCUUUGAGAGAGGUGGCUGUGAAAUAUCCUCAUCUUCAGUCAUCAAUCAUAGAAAGACUUGGUUAUAUCGUAACUUCUGGAUUGCACAACCCUAGAGUAUUGCGUGGAAUCUUUUGGAUUCUUGCAGAAUUCAGUUCAAAUAGUGAUCAAGUCAAUAAUUCUUUCCAAGCAGUUCUAACUGUAGUUAGUCCAUUACCGCUUUCACCUCAUGUGACUAAAAAUACGGAAACGGAAGUUUUCAGUGAUGUCCAAAGCGUGAGUUCGGAUCAUAGUUUUCAUUCCGUAUCUUCCAAAAAGCCAAAAGUAUUGGCAGAUGGGACUUAUGCAACACAGACUGUUAUUGAAGAAUUGGCUACUGGAAUAGAAAAGAGAGACUUGAAUAAACAAGGUCCAGCUGUUCGAAGUUUGAUACUUGGCGGUGACUACUUUCUUGGAGUUGCAGUUUGUUCUGCUAUUACCAAAUUGGCUCUGAAAUCUCGUAAUCUAGUGAAUAAGCAGACGAGUCAUAAAAUGAAUGCUAAUGCUAUGCUUCUCUGCAGUUCUUUGUUACGUUUUGCACAGUCUUCAGAGGCUCCAUCCAAAAUGGACUCAGGUUCUGCUGAACGAAUUAUUUUAUGUAUACUUUCAUUGACUGGAGAUGUUCCUGGAGACCUUUUCUUAAGAUCAAGCCAUAUAGCAUUCGAAGAAUACAUUAGAGAAAGGCACAAGAAAGAAGACGAGAAACUUCGGGAACAAGCGGAAAAAGAUCACUUGCAAGUAGAUGAGCCCAUCGAGUUUAGAAUUUUGAGAACGCAACGACAGUUUGGAGGCCUUCUUGACUAUUCUGAACACUCCUCUGCUUUGAAAGAGUGGGACUCUAACUUUGUGGAAGAAGAAGAUGAAAGUAUCGAAUUUGAUCUCACCAAAGUGGUUCAAUUAACUGGUAGAACUGAUCCAGUUUAUGCUGAGGCUCAUGUGGCAGUUAAACAAUAUGACAUCAUAUUAGAUAUCCUAGUGAUGAACCAAACCACGGAUACUUUACAAAAUCUGACAGUAGAACUAGCAACAAUGGGAGAUUUAAGACUAUGUGAACGACCACAAAGCCAUAAUAUAGGACCAUUGGAUCAACGAAGUAUUCGAACCAAUAUCAAAGUUUCUUCCACAGAAGCUGGAAUUAUAUUUGGCACAAUAGUUUAUGAUGUUGCAGGGAAAGCUUCUCCUUCGCGUAGUGUUAUUCUAAGCGAUAUUCAUAUCGAUGUCAUGGAUUAUCUUCAUCCCGGUGUAGUUUCAGAUGCUGUUUUCCGUUCACUUUGGGCAGAGUUUGAAUGGGAAAAUAAGAUUGCCAUUCAAACCAAUAUUGUGGACCUUGGUGAAUACUUGGACUUUGUGAUUCGUUGUACCAACAUGAAAUGUCUUACACCACGUGGAUUGGAGAAUGAAUCAGGAUUUCUAGCAGCCAAUUUAUAUGCGACAUCGAUAUUUGGAGAAGAUGCAUUGUUGAAUGUGAGUGCGGAAAAGACAGCACAAGGAAAUAUCGUUGGAUUUAUAAGAAUUCGAAGCAAGAUGCAAGGAGUGGCUUUAAGUCUCGGUGAUAGAAUAAGUAGCAGACAAAAUACAGUGAAAUGAGAUAAAGAUGAAAUUUACGUU